CACAUCAAAGUAAACACUUUCUCACGUAAGUACCACCACGUAAACAACAUUUACCAGUAAUCCAGAAUCACUCGUGUAAUACUGCGAAGUAAUACUUACACGUAUAAAUACAAACAUUCACAUUUGUUCAUAGAGAGUGUGUACGGAGGCAAGACCACUUCAUGCUAAUAGUUAUUAUCUAAACUGACGCUUUGGUUGAAUGCCAUACGACAUUAGAUGUCAUUGUACAAGUGUAUAUAUAUAAAUGUUGUCGAGGUCAACAUUUAAACAGCACUAGUUAGCUGUACACCUUUACCACAGCUGACGGGAUUUAGUUGUGAUAAAGCUGUCUAUGUCAUUGGUCAACCCUGGGCCUGACUGAACAAAGUGGUGGUGGACAAACAAACAGUCUCCGAGAACAGCGGAAAUGUCUGUAAGCCAGUGUCAGCCCACUGUAUUCCUUUCCCAUGGGGCUGGGCCUUCAUUUUACAUGGAUGCAACAGUUGAGCCAAAGGUUAAAGGAUUGGAUAAGGACUCGAACGCGGUAAAAGGUUUGAAGAGCUUUGUGGCAGACCAUAACAUCAUCACGCCAAAGGCUCUAGUGGUUUUCAGUGCUCAUUAUGACGAGGAUAUAUGCUCGGUCACAUCAUCUGAAAAUUAUUCCUUGGAUUAUGAUUAUGGUGAUUUCCAAUGGCCUCCCGAGACGUACGAAAUACGUUGGCCUGUAGUCGGGGCACCCGACGUAGCAAUGAGGGUCAAGGAACUGCUCGAGUCGAAAGGAAUUUCCUGUAAUGCGGACAGCAACCGAGGACUAGAUCACGGUGUAUUUGUCCCUUUAAAGCUAGUGUUUCCAGAAGCUGAUAUUCCAGUGAUUGAAGUGUCACUCCUGAAAAGUUUAGACAUGGCUGAGCAUCUGAAGAUUGGGGAGGCACUGUCGGACCUAAGUAAAGAGAAUAUACUGGUGAUCGGUAGCGGAUUCGCCUCACACGCGGGGAUGUGUCAGACAGACCUACCCUGGGCCGAGCCCUACAGGAAGUGGCUUCAUGACCUGGUGUCUAACCCAAAAUAUAGCGCGAAAGAGAGAAAAGACAGGUUUCUGGCUUACUCUGAAGAGAAGUCAUUUUCUAGUGCACACAAAACCAUUGAACACUUUCUCCCUAUUGCAAUGUCCUGUGCAGCAAGUGGGUAUCAACCGGGGACAAUUCUUCAUUCUGAAUUCGUGAUGGGCUCUCUUUUAUAUGACCAUUACAAGUUUCAAGCAAAGUGACCCAUAGUAGCAGCAAGUCAGCGGUAAGAGUCGGGAUCUGGAUGCAGGGGUAUUGGAACGUACGUUAGGGCAGAGACCUAAAGUUAAUUUAGGUCUAUGGUUAGGGUAUAACCUGUCGAAAGACACACCCAGUCCCUAGCUACCAACUGAUGGCUCUACGUGCGUUUCACUUCUAUAUACAGACACCUUUAGGAAAGAUUGACAGAAAGUUGUUGGCAGAUCCAUUCGCCCACACAACACAUGGAUAACCCCCUGGGAACUAGAAUGUAUAUUUGUUUAUGUCUGUGUGAAUCUGUGUGUUUGACAAUGCAAAUACUGUGUAUAAACGAUAAUAACAUAAAAUCAAUUAGGUUUGAAUUACUAGUGGAUACAAUUUACACUUUUUUUCUCAUCAUCGAUAUAAGGAGGAAAUUACAGACAUUAUUCUGAUAGGUUAAUAAUCAAAUUUCAGUGCCAUAUGUUCACCAAAAACCAAUAUCUGUGUGUACAAUGGCUACCAGUACAUGCAGGUGAACUCAUUUUUAACAGACUGUCGCUAAGUGUUAUCUGUAGCAGUCUUUGUUGCCCUGAUGUUUAUGAUAGAGCACACACAUUACCUGAUUUUAUCUUGGCUGAUUUAUCCAAUGGGCGACUCAAAUAUACCGUAGACAGUUGAACAACAAAGAAGUCUAUUUAUUCGAGUUGCAACAUUCCAGAAAAUCACCUUAGUCUCUAACGUAGAAGACCAUUUGGUUAUAGAACAUACCGGACCUACUCCUAUUUUGUCUAUAGUCAAAUAUGUUUCAGGGGACCACCAAAGGGAAGGAUCAAACAUGAUUACUUCAUACAGUUAGCUGUUCUGUAUGGAUAAACAAAAACGAUGGUCUCUUAGAGAGGAUUGCUAAACAGCGGCGCCCUUUUCUCGUAUUUUUUUCUUCUGAAACAUCCUAAUCAAAAUUAUCUUAAUAGAUACAUCUGGUGUUUUUUUUUGCAAGAUGUUUCUCAUUGAGUUGCACAUAUGAUCACAAUGAUAGCAACGCUAAUGAUGAAACUGUUUUAGCACAUCUAAAUGGUGGUUAAAAGUAAAAAAAAAAUUAGACCAACAACAGGUCAGCAAUAGCAAGGGCCCCACUAAGUGCCUGACUGUAUCCAUCCAUUGUCUAUUAUUUGUAAAAGUAACAUUGACCUUAAGAAACGUUUAAAAACCGUACCUCACAUCUACGUAUCAAAUUCAAAAAUGAUCAGUGUUUUGGAUUCCGAGAGAAGGAUUGUACCCCCGUGGUUUAUUUUUAGUAGCAGUGACCUUGACAUAAUAAACUUGUUUAUGUGCAUUUCAGUGUACAACCAUGUCAAAUUCGAGAUAAUCUCCUGUAACAAAAGUGUGGACCAAUGGUCAGUGAUUACUUCAGGGCACCCAGAUGCAGGGUCGAAAAAAAUACAACUUUAUUUUACUUACAAAAUAGUCUUGUCACAAAUGACGCUGUAUUACUGUAUACUGAAAAUGAAACCUGGUAGUAAAUCAAAUUAUUUCGAUGAUAACUACAAAUGAUUAAACAAUAAUCAAAAUAAGAUAAUUUCAUUUUAUUAUCAUUUCAGUAGCAUUUGUUUAAAAUGUACAUCGGUUUCUUUGCAGUAUUUGGAUAAAAACAAUGUUUUCAAAACCAUAACAAAUAUUUGUAUUUAAAAUACAAGUAUAUAUAUAUCGUAUAUAACAGAUAUUUACAGGUAUCAUUCUUCGUAUAAAUGAAAUUUUCUAAUGGAGAAAAUGUUACAAGGAAAGGACAGACUUAGAAAGGACAAGCUUGCAAGGGAAUACAUGUUUAAAAAAAAAUAUAGAAGAGUUAUUAUAUCAUGUUUACCCUCCUUUUAACUUUGAUGAAGACACAAUUUGAUAGAAUAUACACAAUAUACUAGGGCUGCGCUUUGCAUUGAAAAAAUUAUAUACUGUGAUACGGUUUGGCAAUGUAACAAGUCGUGAUACACAACUCAAAAGUUGUAAUAUAUAGAAAUGAUAGAAGAGAAAGUCUAAACUUGAGGCCUAGACGACAAUGCUUAUGUACCAGUUCAAGCUUUCUUAGUGGAUAUAAGUUAUUGUUUUUUGAAAAUAAUUAACACACAUCUAUGUUAGUAAUGCCUGUUAAAUGUUACAUUGUAUUACACAUCUUCUGUCCUAUUACCUUUAAUACUGAUCUAAUCCUAACGGUUUACCAAGCCACACGGAUGUCUCUUCAAUCUAAAAUUCCUUGAAAUAUACAAUUACUUCACUUAGUACUGAAAAUAAAUUAUAUCAUGAUAUUUUCUUUUAAUACAAUUUUUCUAUAUUUAUCAUAUUUAGCUUCACAAAUUUAUCCUGCCACAAUUUAUAAGGAGACUAGGAAUAUCUGAUUAUGUGAAGAGUUUUAAGAGGCACAAUUUGAAUACUUGGAUUUUACGAGACAUACAUUAUUCAAGCCCUUGCUUUGGUUGGUUGGAUAACAAACAAUAUCACCUACAUAUCCCAUCAAAACUGGCAUAAAAAUGAAAUACAAGUAUGUAUACUUCAAAUUUUCUACCAUGUUAUUCUGGAACAGUGUCAUUGCCUUUUUUAUAUUUAUUCAUUAAAGUUUCUUUAUUUUU